UAGUUCCCGCGGGAUCUGCGCUCUAGUGUUUCCGGUAGCCUGCUGAGAGCAGCUGUGUCGAAAUUCACCGCGCCCUCCUCAUCCUCAUCCUCAUCCUCAUCCUCAUCUCCCGGGACAUUCCGCUCACCGGGACCGGCUUCAUUCGCCACGGAGUUCGGGAACUCAUUUUUCCGUCGUAUGAGAGAGACCGUGAGCGCUGACGGACGCUUUAAACCUCAGCAGAGACACAUAGCGAUGCUAGCAGGCUAGUCGCGAGAAAUCAAAACAAUGUUUAUUUAUUACUCCCAGUUUAUUUAUACUCCUUUUAUAAAAUGAACUCGCUUUUUUAUGUGUGUUAGUGACAGUAGCACGUGUUGUUUAUAGGUUAACAGGAGAUUUUAGAGUUUGUUUGUUAUCUCUGUAUAAUAUAAGAGUCCGUGUCACAUUAGUGUGAAUUGAAGUGAAUGUCACUCAGUUCAUGUGCACCUAGUGUUUUAAUAUAAUAAUGAUCAGAUCUGGAUAGUAAACAGGCUGAGGAGUUUUGUUUGUAAUCAGACUGAUCUAGGAACUUUAUCAGCUCGAUGACAAGCUGUAAAUCAGAGUUAUUGUACAGUAAAGCUCAGUCUGAGCUCGCCUUACAUUAAAGGUCCCGUCAGCUUUUUAAAAAUCAGCCAUGGCUCCGAAAAAGAGACCACAGCCCAUAGUUAUAACCGGAUCCGGAGAAGCACAGACGACCUCUACAUCCAUAGAUGCUGCGUCAGAAGCGAAUCUGGAGGCCCUGCAGAAGAAGCUAGAAGAGCUCGAUUUGGAUGAGCAUCAGAAGAAGCGUCUGGAAGCAUUUCUCACGCAGAAAGCCAAUCUGGGCGAACUGAAAGACGACGAUUUCCAGCAUAUCUGUGAGCUGGGAGCUGGAAACGGAGGUGUGGUUAAUAAAGUGUGCCACAAAACCUCUGGCCUCGUAAUGGCCCGGAAAUUAAUUCAUCUGGAGAUCAAGCCAGCCAUCAGGCAUCAGAUCAUCAGGGAGCUGCAGGUCCUGCAUGAGUGUAACUCUCCGUACAUCGUGGGUUUCUACGGGGCGUUUUACAGCGACGGGGAGAUUAGCAUCUGUAUGGAGAACAUGGAUGGAGGCUCUUUGGAUCAGGUUCUGAAAGAGGCUCGCAGAAUUCCAGAGGAGAUCUUGGGAAAAGUCAGCAUAGCCGUUUUAAGAGGACUUGCUUACCUUCGAGAAAAGCACCAGAUUAUUCACAGAGAUGUGAAACCGUCCAAUAUUCUGGUCAAUUCCCGCGGGGAGAUCAAACUGUGUGAUUUCGGCGUGAGCGGCCAGCUCAUUGACUCCAUGGCCAACUCUUUUGUAGGAACACGCUCGUACAUGUCGCCGGAGAGGUUGCAGGGCACUCAUUACUCGGUGCAGUCAGACGUGUGGAGUAUGGGUCUCUCUCUGGUGGAGCUGGCCAUCGGCCGUUAUCCCAUUCCUCCACCCGAUGCUAAGGAGCUGGAGGGCAUCUUCGGCAGGGCAGUGAUGGAUGUUAGGAAGGCAGAGACGCACAGUAUGUCUGCUCGACCCAGACCCCCCGGCAGACCCGUCAGCGGUCACGGGCCCGUCAUGGCUAUAUUUGAGCUGCUGGAUUAUAUAGUCAAUGAGCCGCCUCCUAAACUCCCUCACGGCGUCUUCACUCCUGAUUUCCAGGACUUUGUGACCAAAUGUCUGAUUAAAAACCCUGCAGAUCGAGCGGACCUGAAGAUGCUGACGAAUCACACGUUUGUUAAGCGCUCCGAGGUGGAGGAGGUGGACUUCGCUGGCUGGUUGUGUAAAACGGUGGGGCUCCAUCAGCCCAGAACACCCACCCAAACAGCUGAAUGACACACACACACUCUCACACACACACACACACACAACACACACACACACACACACACACACACACACCUGACUGUCACAUGACCCACGACUCCCCUACAGAAUACAAACAUUUACAGCCUAUCUGAUGGAGCACCUGCAAAGCUGCUUGUUUUACACUUUACUUCUGUACACCUGGGUGAGUCUCAUGAGACAUGUACAUGACAUGAACAUUUCACGCUCAAAACUGAGAAAUAAGUCAUACAUGCACUACCAUUCAGACUUACCAGUUUGGGAUCAGAACGAUUUUUAAUGUUUUUUACAGGAGUCUCUUCUGCUCAUCA